AUCAGUGCUAGUUCAGUCCUGUCUCACUGAAGAGAGGAAUAUUACUCAUAAUGCGUGUUAUUCAUGUCGUGUCGCUUUUAGCCUUCUUCGUAGCAGCGCAAGCUGGAUACGUCGGCUAUGCUGGAACAGGUGGCUACGGAUUUGCUGCGAACAAUCCAGGUUAUGCCAGCUCCAACAUCCAUUCAGCCACUGGAGGAUAUUACUCUCGUCCAAAAUAUGCGUUUGAUUACUCUGUGAAUGAUCCACACACUGGUGAUCACAAGACUCAAUGGGAAACUCGCGAUGGUGAUGUAGUAAGAGGUGCUUACUCACUCGCCGAACCAGAUGGUACUACUCGUAUCGUUGAAUACACCGCUGAUAAACACAAUGGUUUCAACGCAGUUGUCAGAAGGAUCGGUAGAGGGCAGCAAGCACAAUUUUUUGGAAAACAGUUUAACGCUGGUUAUUAUGGCUACCACGUCGUGUCGCUUUUAGCCUUCUUCGUAGCAGCGCAAGCUGGAUACGUCGGGUAUGCUGGAACAGGUGGCUACGGAUUUGCUGCGAACAAUCCAGGUUAUGCCAGCUCCAACAUCCAUUCAGCCACUGGAGGAUAUUAUUCUCGUCCAAAAUAUGCGUUUGAUUACUCUGUGAAUGAUCCACACACUGGUGAUCACAAGACUCAAUGGGAAACUCGCGAUGGUGAUGUAGUAAGAGGUGCUUACUCACUCGCCGAACCAGAUGGUACUACUCGUAUCGUUGAAUACACCGCUGAUAAACACAAUGGUUUCAACGCAGUUGUCAGAAGGAUCGGUAGAGGGCAGCAAGCACAAUUUUUUGGAAAACAGCUUAACGCUGGUUAUUAUGGCUACCACUAG